UUUUCAGAAAUUUGGAGAAUUUUUUGCAGAAUUUUUGGAUUUUUUUCAGACAAGGAACCAAUAUUUUUUGAUGCCUGUAAAUGAAGACAACAGGAGGGUUAAAGCAAAGGAUCUGAAUUCUUUUUCCGCUUUGUUCAAUUAUUUCUUUCAUGCUUCUCCAAAUUGAAUUAAUGAAUGGCAGCAGCGCCCCCUGGUGGUUAAACCAAACCUUAAUGUGGAUCUGAAUCUGUCUUCUGCAGCUGAUGAUGUUCAUUUCCAUCAUAACGAUAACAUGCCGGUAGAUAACUGUUAAUUUGAUGUGGACAUGUUUGGAUAAAUGUGUGUUUUACGCAUGACACGCGUCUUUUUGCGGCUCACUGAUGCGCCUAAACGGUUAAUUGUGAGUCGCAGGGUGACGACUUGUUUUGCUGUUGGCUCCUUCUGAAUCACACGUGAGCUGAGCGACGGGGCGGAAGCCGGAGCAGCCUCCCUGUCGGCCUUCAGGAGGGGCUGAAGGUGACUCUCCUCUCGGCUGGGAUGCGCAGGCGGCCGCUGGAGCUCCCGACGGCCACGAACACGCUCCAGCUCCGCAGGGCGCAUCUGCGUUAAACCCCAUUCUCUCUCUCUCUCUCUCUCUCUCCCUCUCUUUACAAAAACCUCCCUGCAGUUUGUCUUCUCCGUUACAAGCCGGCAGGGACCGUCCUCGGCUGGGUGUGCAUGCAUGUGUUCUGCACCGUACGGGCGGAAAAAGCGCCCCAGAUCCGCAGGGAGCAUUUUCCCCAUCAGUAAGGCGGCGCAGACGGAGCCGGAGCGCAGGGAGAGCUCGGAGGGGGCCGUGGACGGCAGCAGGAUGACCGUGCAGGAAUUCAACACCCUGGUGGCUCUGUACCGGGAGCAGGUCAUCUCCGUGGGGGAGAUCUCAGCAGACUGUCCGUCCCUGCGGGCUCAGAUGCACCACACUCGCUCCAAAGGAUGCUCCAUGGCCCGGGCUGCGCACCAGGACCUGGCCGUCAUCUCCGUCUCAGGUCCAGAAGACGGAGAGAUCCAGCCAGAGAUCUGCCGACUCUUCAUCCAGCUGCAGUGCUGCCUGGAGAUGUUCAUCACCGAGAUGCUCAAGUCCAUGUGUCUGCUGGGAGUCCUGCAGCUGCACCGCAAACGAACCGACUCGGAGCCGAAGGUGGACUUCCGGCUGGAUGAGAGCUCCGACAUUCCCAUCCUGGAGGACCGAUCCUCGUCUCCCAUCGACUUCCCUCAGGAGCAGUGGCUGGUGGGGACGGAUAUACAGAACAUAGAGCGAGAUAUGAGAGAGAUGAGAAACUUACUCAGCAAACUCAGGGAGACGAUGCCGCUGCCGCUGAAGAACCAAGACGACAGCAGCUUGUUGAAUCUGACUCCACAUCCUCCGGUCCGACAGAGGAAGAGACGAUUCCCUGGACUCUGCUGCAUGGUGUCCGGCUGAUAGGAAACACAGGAAAGAACUUUACUUUCACUUCUUCUGCAUAUUUAUCAGAGCUGCUUUCAUAUUAUUACACUGCAUUCUCGUUUGUUUAUUGUUUUUAAAAACGAUAUCUGAAAUUGUAAUCAGUCAGUAAUAAUAAUAAGUGAGAUCCUUGCUCUGUAAAAUUGGUGUUCGGGUCCAGUCAGGUCGGAUCCCACAGAAACAGGCUGUUUUUAUUUUCAUGCAGUUGUUUUCCGCCUAUUUUGUUCCCAGUUUUUCUAUAAUCAAAGCUAAUAAUUGUACAUAUUCAGGCUAUGCACAGGCAUCUCCAGCGUUCUGUCUCACUGUGCUCGUGUCUCAUGGUUGAAUGUCGUUAAAGACGUCUCUGCUGUAGACUAAAGCGAUUCAUCGACGGUGCAAACACAUAAUUAUUACAUUUCUCUAACUGUAGGAAAAAAAGGGACUUUAGAAAUUAUUCAGCUGUGAGUGUGUAAAAUAAAACCUUUCAGAGCUUUAGCUGGACUUUGCCUUUCAGUCUUUUUGUCGUUAAGUUCAGUUUUUUCCAUUGAUCAAGACAUUUUUUCCCUAAAAUUAUGUAUAUUCAAGCUUCCCAGAGGAUGAAUUCCAGUCAUUUUACACACCUCAGUGCUAUUAUCAGCUAUAAACUUCCAUUUUUGUCCAAGAAAAUAUCAAAAUCUAACAUAUUAAUGUCUAGGAAUGGCAAGAUUACCAUUAGGAAAUGUGCUUCCUAAAUGAUAAACCAUCUAAGAGCUUUCCUCUAGCGCCACCUGCUGCUCAAAGUUUACAUUUUUAGCUCCAUUACUAAUAAUGCUUUAAGAAUAUAAUAAAAUAUCAAAAGGUUCAUGUCCACAGGGGUGUUUUUGGAUGGAGAUGUCCAAUUUUGAGGCAAGAAAUUAGCUAAUCUGCUCGAUUUGUCUUGAUUUUAGAGCAAAAACUGUUUAAUAAUUUUUUGGGGGGAGUUUCAUGAUGUUGUAAGCCACCCAGGAUGGCCCUGAUUUGUGUAAAGAAGCCUAGACUUUAAAUUUAUGCAAAUAAGGAGCGGCCAAAUUGGAACUUCGAGAAUGCAUUGCAUAGCUGCUAACGGAAACAAAAAAUAGGAGGCAUGAAAAGUGAUGGAUUCUGUGGAUAUGUACCAAUAGUGUCACUGCCGGAUGAAAAAAAUCCAGAAAAAACCCUAACAUCACAAGCUAAAGUUGUAAUUUACAUGCAAAAGCUAGUUGUAGUGAAAAAAUGAGAGCGUUUCAUCUCAUUUUCCUUCAACAUUUAACGCUUCGAUGUCGACUUUUCCUUGUAAAACUGCAGCUUUCUUCUUUUAAUCUUUAUUUUUCCCAACAGUUGCACUAAUAUUCUGUUUUAGCUCACACUGCAGCCUCUAGGGGGCGCUGUUAUUAGCAAUCUCCCUGCUUCCAAAGUUCUGGCUUCAGUUUUCCAUCACAAGGGCUUUGCAGAUGCUUCACAGAGACAUUGAAAGACCCCAAAUUAAAAUCUCCUUCACCUUCUCCUAGAGCCAUCCUCCCAUUGAAUGUAAGUGCAAUGUGAUUUGUAAAUUAGUGUUUGUGCACUUUCUUUUUGCGUUCUUUACUUGUACUGUGGUAGUUGUUUGGUUUUGGCAUGUGUAACACUCAGACUAGGUCAUGUGGAGUUAAUGUGUCCAGCAGUGUAGAGAAGCACAGCGAAACUUCUGUACAGCUUAGGACAUUUUAUAAUGUGAAUAAAGUUUUAUAUGCAGACGA